AUGGCCGAUGUAAGUUUGAACGAAUCGUCCAACGAGGACGUAACCAAUCGUUUCGCUCGCAAAGGUGCGCUGAGGCAAAAAAACGUUUACGAAAUAAAGAACCACAAGUUCAUCGCCAGGUUCUUCAAGCAGCCGACUUUUUGCAGCCACUGUACCGACUUCAUCUGGGGGUUUGGAAAGCAAGGAUUCCAGUGCCAAGUGUGCUGUUUUGUCGUCCACAAGAGGUGCCAUGAAUUUGUCACAUUCUCCUGCCCUGGGGCAGAUAAGGGGCCUGACACAGAUGAUCCAAGAACAAAACACAAGUUCAAGAUCCACACCUAUGGAAGCCCCACCUUCUGUGACCACUGUGGCUCACUGCUUUAUGGAAUGCUUCACCAGGGCAUGAAAUGUGACUCCUGUGAAAUGAAUGUCCAUAAGCAGUGUGUGAUGAAUGUUCCCAGCCUUUGUGGAACUGAUUACACUGAAAGGAGGGGACGUCUUUUCCUCAAGUGUGAGGUCAGCGCCGAAAUGCUGCAGGUCACCGUUGCUGAAGGCAAGAACCUGAUCCCCAUGGACCCCAACGGCCUGUCUGAUCCAUACGUCAAGCUGAAGCUCAUACCAGACCCCAAAAAUGAGACCAAGCAAAAGACCAAAACAAUCCGCUCCAACCUCAACCCCAAGUGGAACGAGACUUUUACUUUUAAGCUGAAGCCUACAGACAAGGACCGCAGACUGUUAGUGGAGGUGUGGGACUGGGACCGGACCACCAGAAAUGACUUCAUGGGAGCCAUUUCUUUUGGCGUGUCAGAGCUGAUGAAGUCCCCCGCCUGUGGCUGGUAUAAGCUGUUGUGCCAGGAGGAAGGGGAAUACUACAAUGUUCCAAUCUCGGAGGAGGAUGAUGGUAAUGAGGAACUGAGGCAGAAAUUUGAGAAGGCAAAGCUGGGCCCGGGUAAGAAGGUAAAUGACGUGACAGAUGAUGCCCGCUCCAAGCUACCCUCCACCAGCUUGGACCAAGUCAAACUCAGUGACUUCUCCUUUUUGGCAGUGCUGGGAAAAGGCAGUUUUGGAAAGGUCAUGUUGGCUGAGAUGAAGGGCAGCGCAGAGCUCUACGCAAUCAAGAUCCUAAAGAAGGACGUGGUGAUUCAGGACGAUGAUGUGGAGUGUACCAUGGUGGAGAAGAGAGUCCUGGCCCUGCAGGGCAAGCCACCAUUCCUCACACACCUCCACUCUUGUUUUCAGACUGUGGAUCGUCUCUACUUUGUUAUGGAGUACGUGAAUGGAGGAGAUCUUAUGUAUCAUAUUCAACAAGUGGGCAAAUUCAAGGAACCCCAGGCAGUGUUUUAUGCAGCAGAGAUUGCUGUUGGCCUCUUCUUUCUACACAAAAGAGGAAUCAUCUACAGGGAUUUAAAGUUGGACAAUGUGAUGCUGGACUCUGAGGGACACAUUAAGAUCGCAGACUUUGGCAUGUGUAAAGAGAAUAUGUCAGACGGGGUGACCACUCGCACAUUCUGUGGCACGCCUGACUACAUAGCCCCGGAGAUCAUUGCUUAUCAGCCAUAUGGACUCUCUGUGGACUGGUGGGCAUAUGGAGUACUGCUCUACGAAAUGCUUGCUGGACAGCCUCCAUUUGAUGGAGAGGAUGAAGAUGAGUUGUUCCAGUCCAUAAUGGAGCACAACGUGGCUUAUCCCAAGUCUCUGUCUAAGGAAGCCGUGUCCAUCUGCAAAGGGCUGAUGACCAAGCAUCCAUCCAAGCGUCUGGGCUGCAGCAGUGAAGGAGAGAGGGAUAUCAGAGAACAUGCCUUCUUCAGACGUAUCGACUGGGAGCGUCUCCAAAACAGGGAGAUUCAGCCGCCUUUCAAGCCCAAACUGUGUGGCAAAGGAGCGGAGAACUUUGACAAGUUCUUCACACGUACUCAGCCCCAGCUCACACCACCAGAUGAGCUGGUUAUUGCCAACAUCGACCAGGCUGAGUUUUCAGGGUUCUCCUUCAUCAACCUACAGUUUGUUCACCCGUCCCCUGGCAACAGCAUAUGAGGGGAGGGUGGACACACUUCACUGCCCACUGCCAGCCACCGAAGCCAACUGCAAAACCAAACCCUGACCAUAACUUGAUCAAUGCCAACCUACUGUAUUGGUUGUAUUCUUUUAGGGCCAUGCAUAUUAAUACAACAUCUUUACCAGAUUAGAUUAUAUAUGUUUGUGUGUGUGUAUAUAUACUGAUAUAUAUACAUACAUAUAUAUAGUUCACUUUCUUUUUAUCAUAGGAAAUAAUGCAGCGUAGUUUGUCGUCCUUUACACUAGUCUUUCCUUUAACAUUGAAGGGUAUUUUAAACAUAACUGUAGGCACUAAGGCAGAGAAUUGUGAGAUUUUAUUUAAAAUUUUUUGUCCAAGGAGAAGGCUCUGAUACACAAAUACAGAUUUAAACUCAAAAACCUUGUCCCCUCCAGAAGUACCCCCCUUCCUCCCCAAAAGUAAUAAUCUCAGAUAUAUAUUACUGUAUGAAUGACUGGAAAAAGUCUGACUACGCAGUGUAGAUGCCACUUAGCCAAAUAUGAAGGACAUGCUGUGCGAAAUGUAGAGCAGCACUUUGUGAUGAAAUGUAUUCUGUUUAGAUUCAUGUUGAGAGUUUAUUUUCCAAAUAAUUUGCAUGGUGUAAUCAUGUACUCCAGCACUGACUGAUGCUCGCCAGUCCCUACUGCACGUGUUUGUGUGUGUAGCAGACCAAGUGAAGACGGAGCCGUCGCGUAUUUAGAUUCUGUAAAGUCAUGUGGAGGACGGUCGUACGUGUGAUCGUGUGGCGUCGGUGUCUGUUCUUCAAUUCUCACUUGAUUUAUCUCCUGUCAGUUGACAUUAUUCUAGUCUCAAAUGUGUCCGUUGUGAAGCGCUGGCCCUGUCUGAGCUGCAGAUCGAUCACUUGCCUUGUUACUAACGUACUAAACGAAUCAGUUUCGUAUUUAAUCACUUGAAGAUCCGACUUGAAAAGUUUACAGUUUGCUACCUUUUAACACUCGUCAGUGUUAACAGCUGACACCCCCCCCGCCCCCCACUGCCUGUGACAAUACCUACCUGCGAUCUCUGAAGGUCUUAAAAAUACAUUGGAAGUUGUUUUAAUGCAUGUCAUGAACUGAUUUAGUUUGAGAAUGUUAACUAAAAGUAUCCGUAACCGUGCACUGUUUAAUUGCGGAAUGCAUUAUGAGCACACCCACAGAUGAAACAAAUUUUAGUUUCUCAAUGAUAGUUUUGUUGUUAUUGAACAGAGACUGCUCUUUCAUUGCAUUUCCCCAUCCACUUAAUUUUUUUUUCUUCUUCUUUCUGUGAAAUCAUAUCAUGGAUCAUUUUUCAUGCAGAACUUCUUUGUAAAUAAUCACACAAUAUUAUUAAAGUGUGUGAGGAGUUUUAACAGCCAAAUGUGCUUUUAGAAAAACAAACAAUCAAAAAUUUGUACUAAUUUGACAUGAAAUGAUGACAAAUAUAAUCCAGUACAGAUUAUCUUUGGAUAAACUGGAGGUGAUGAAUCCAGAUUUCGCAGGCUGUAUAAAAUAGUUUCCAAUUCUUUUCUCUCUUUUUUUAUUCUGUAUUUCACUUUACACUUUUGUCCACAGAUUUUCCUGCAGGUUUGUUUGUUCAUUUCUUGACUUUGUCUCUGUAUCUGCAUGCUGUGGAUGGGUGUAGGUCAUGGGUGUCUGAAAAAAAAAAAAAAGAGAAAACUGCUAUAAACAGUUCUGCAUGCUCGGAGACAAAGAUUUGCAACUAAAAAAAACAUUCUGUAAAAGGUUACCAACAGUGACCUCUGUUAACGUAGAGGUCAAAUAUCUUCUUAAUCACCAAGUUAAUUCUUCUUUUGUACGUCAUUAACGAAAAUGUUAGCUUUGUAAGUUUGUAUGAAAGUGAGUAAGGAAACAUGAAUGACAAAAGCUACAGAAUGCAGAGACUGUAGAAAGUAGGAUAAAUUUUAAUGACAGGUUAUGACUUUAACCACCUGAUGGAAGUCAUCGGCUCAGUGAAAGCUCGUUGUUUGAUGGUUCUUGGUUUUGCUUGGACCUGUUUGUCCAGGAAGUUCUUAUGUGAGGGGAAUCAGAGGCCCCGCUCGCUGGUGUCAGUUUUGUUAUAAUCCAAAAUGUGUUUUUGUCAAAUCCUUUAUUAUGUUAGCUCAUUUAUAUGUGCAUGUCUAUUUCUCUCCCUGUUCUCCCCACAAUUUAUUUCUUUCAAAUAAUUUGGAAAUAUUUAAAAUCCUUUAACCUUUGAAUACUCUAAUGGUAUAGGUUUGUCUCUGUUUUUUCUUCUCUCCCUGUCUUGUACAAAUACUGCAUGUGCCAAACCUUUAGAAAAAAACAAAAAACAAACAAAAAAAAAAAAGAACCUGCCAGAAGUAGCGUUCGCUGUGAUCUCUUCAAUGUCAAUUUAUAACAGUUUUUCUUAGUACAAGCUGAGACCUGCCAUUCACUCUGUUAGCCAUUUAACAAACAUGUACACAGUACUAGCACAAUGCAGUGACAAUACUAGAGCACACUGUCAGCAUGUGAUGUUUACGAAGACUUGGAUGUCAGUUUGAUUGCCUGUUCACCAUUAAUGGAACAAUAUUAUCCUGCUUGCCGAAUUUGGGCUGAAAUGUAUGUGGAAGUAAGUUGAACUGGUGAAGGAGUCCACGUCAUUGGAUCAGUGCAGUAGUAAGAAGACGUUCACAAUAUUCAGUGUACAUACUUAGAUUUUAGUCAGCGACAGUUCUGUCAGUGUCAGUGGCCCGACUUGCACUUCUAUAAUCGCAGACGUUGUAGAUUAAAUAAUCCCUUUAACAGAAUCUCUCUCUUAAUCUUUCUUAUUAGAACUGUUUUUUUUUUCAGAUUCCAGUCCAGUCACAGUUUAUGUAGACAUCAAUAAACAUGGCUCCUCUCCUCAGGUGUGCCUCUUCUUACUGUACGUCUCCUUCAUCCUGCAAGUCUGUUCUCCUCACGUUGACUCCAUAUCAUUAUUCGUCAUGUGUUUUAUAUACAAUGUCUGAAGUAUCCUUAUUAUUUCACUGUUUUUACCUAAUUUGACUGUGUCGGUAUCUCAGCUAGACUCACAUUACUCUUGAAUGUAAAUAAAAAUAAUUCUAAAAAUCA